CAACAACAACAACAACACAACCAACAAACAAGCAACAAGAGUGCCAAGACGUGUUUGCCUGAUCGGACUCAGGGUGCACUCUCUCUCGUCGGAAGGUUGAUAAGCCAGCCAGCCAACCAGCCAGCAAGCCAACGAGCCAGCCAGCAAGCCAGCCAGCCAGCCAGCCAGCCAACGAGCUCACACGUUUGCUGCUGCGAAUUGAAGCAACAGCCCAGCGGAAGAUUACAAAGCCUCUCCAACACACACAUACACACAUACACACACGUGGCUGCUGUUGCCAAGCAAGCAAGCAAGUGAGACAGCGCGCACAGGCACGGCAACCAACCAGCAUUCAACAAACAACAACACAGAGGGGUAUGCCGAUUGUGAGCGAGGCUGAGCAUCACAGUGGACCUGUCACACAACAACUGCACCAGCACAGUGGUGGUGGUAGUGGUGGCAGUGACACGACAGAGCCAAGUGACGACGAAGGUCUCUCCUCCUCACUCGAGUCGCUACGUCGCGCCAGGCUGCAGCAGCGAGGUCAGCUGCUGCAGCGACUCGACGAGGCUAUGCAGCUGCGAAAGACUCACGAGGCGUAUGGAGGAAGGGGCAAGGUUCGCCAGCAGACAAGCCAGCGUGCCAAUGGCUCUCAGCGCAGCGGUAGCCAUCACCAUCGCCAUCAUGCAAGAGAUGACGACAAUGGCGACACCGCGUCCGACAUGGACAGCCGUGACACCUCGCUGCAGAGCAGUCGCCGGUCCAGCAGGUCCUCGCUCAGCUCGGCCAUGAGCGACCUGGACGAGUCGUUCCGCGGAUCCACACGCAACCACAGCAGCAGCCGCCACCGCCACCGCCCCCACUCGGGCCCUGCGCGCACAGCAACCCGCGGGACCCGGGGCUCCAUCAGCAGCCGCAACGUCACCCGCUCGCCAUAUGCGGUCCCGCCCAUGCGUGUGCACGUGGCGUCGCCGGGUCACUGGGCACGCCCGCGGUCUGGCCGCUCAAACCACAGCGCUGCAUCUUCGCGCGCAACAUCUGCAGAGCCGCCACGCCACCGCCACCCCCGCAGACACGUGCGCAGGGACCGGCCCCUGAGUGGCGCCAGCGUCAACUCAAGCUUCUCCUCCGUCGCCAGCAGCACCACCAGCAGCGUCCGCAGCACGCAGCCGCGCGUGUACCAGAAGCGUGCGCACACGUGUCGCUUUAUCGCGUACCGGAACGGCGAUCCUCAGGUGGCACAUCGUGUUGUUGGCGCCAGCAUGGCUGAGCUGUUGGACGCGUGCACGCGCAAGCUGGGGCUUCCCUUUGCUGCCCGGCGCCUGUUUGACGAGCACGGGCGGGAGAUGGUCACCACGGAGGAGUGCAGCAUGCUCCCUGGUGAUGCCAUCGUGUAUGUGAGCUGCGGCGAGCCGUUUGUCGAUCCGGUCGCCGCGCAACAGGCAACACGCCGCCGCUUCACCUCCACAGCUGCUGCCAACCGAACCAUCGCCUUCACCCCAAACAUCACCAAGGCACUGACGACCCUGCGUGGCAGCAGCACCACCCCGGUCUCCAGCCUUGCUGGCUCUUUCCGUGCCCGCGCCCCAGAUAUCACAGCAUCCGCACGCACACGCGUCGUCCUUUUCGAGAACGGGGAUGGACUACACCACCACACGAUUCCGCUCAGAGACCACGACACAUUCGUCCGGGACUGCUCAAGACAGUUUGUGCUUACGUCUCAAGUUGAGCGGUUCUUUGAUCUGGACGGCAACGAGACGCGCGAUCUUGCGGCUGCGGAGGACUGCGGACCGGAACUCCACCUCAUCUUUGGCAGGAUUCGCGGGCCUUACUGGAUCGCCACAAAGACAGACGUGUUCAAGCCCGAGGGACCGCUCAACUUCAUCCAGCACCAGCUGCACCGCCUCCAGCGCCAGCACACCGCGCUACAGGACGAGCUGCAGCGAGUGACAACGAUCGAUCGUAUUGUCGAGAGCGAGCAGACUGACUCCAAUCAGGCGCUUCUUGACCAAAUCACCGCCGCAAUCAAGUUCCUGAAGCGGAAGCAGCGGCAUCUGACUGAUGUUCAGAUGGACGGGAGCGCGUCGCGUAUCCGGCCCAUCUCGGACGACCACCGCCUCCUCGCUGCCGGCAGCCUCAAGCUCAUCGUCCACGCAAACGGCACAGACGGGACCGGCCAGCCGCUCUACUUCAACCUGCGCGAAGCGCAGCGCACAGGCGACGCGGAGACGAUGAUGGGACUGCUGCUUGCUGCGUGCACAACACAGCUAGGAUUCACCCAAUCAGCUAAACGCAUUUUCCUCAAGGGUGGCAAGGUGUUGCGCGAUUUGCACGCGUUGGAGAACGACACGCACAUCUGGGUGUCGUGUGGCGAGCCCUUUACGCCAGCAAACCUGACGGUGGUCAAGCUCGCAUUCGACGGCGUCGAAACGGUUGUUGUUGAUGGGAAACGGCAGCUGCUCGCCGGCGGCGGCGCUGUUGAUAUGAACACGCUUUCAUCCGCCCACCUCUCCGCCCUGUCAUCGCUCACCGAAGCACUUGCGUGCGACGACGUUGCGUGGCGCCCGCACGACAUGAUGCCUGGCGACACGGCCCUGGAGGACCCGAACCUCGUUACACUGCAUGCAACUCUGGAGGACGACCACUCGCUCCUGUUCACGCCAUCGCUGGUGCGCGGGCCGCGGCAGCACGGUGCGCCGUUGAUGCAGCGCUGGGUGCUGCGGCAGGUGACUGACGUGUCGCACCUCGAUGGUGUUGACGCCAACACGACGUGGGCAGAGAUCACGUCCCGCGCAUUCCCGGCGCUCGCCCUCGUCUGCCACCAAACAACAACAGAUGCUGCUGCUGCUAGUGGCGGUUGUGUUGCUGGCGGUGAUGAUGCCGCUGCAAGGGACGCGGCUCAGAAGUCGGGCGUGGCGUACCGGGUUGGGCUCGGGGCGCGCACAACCCCGCCAUCGCGCGAGAUGCUGUGGCACUUUGCUCCCGACGGCACAAUUCGCAGUGCAGUCAACCCAGCGCUUGCACUGACACUGGCGGGCAAGGAUGAUGGCAGCAGCAGCAGCAGCGGCAGCGGUGGUGGUGGUGGUGGUGGUGAUGGGGAGAGCCCGCUCAACUCGACAAGCAGUAGUGAUGCGGGCGGCUUCUUCGAUGACGUGGGCGGGUCGUCUGGUGGCGGCGAUGUGCUGAUGCUGCAGGAGGUGCACACGGGCAGCGGGCGCAGGGCCAAGCGGCGGCAGCAGUGGGGGCUCAAGCACGACUCCAUCCAGCAUAUGGGCCAGUGGAAGGCGUGUCGCGGCGUGAACGGCAGCCGAUCGUGGGUGAAGAAUUGCAUGCUCUGGCCAACAGCGACCACGGGCAACUGGAACACGGAUCUGCUGUGGCCCAUGGAUGUGCUGCUGGUGCCGACGGUGGCGUGGAAGCCGCCACCAGCCAAGCGCGGCCGCAAACGCGAGACGCUGCACGAAUCGAUGGAGCGCAUGCGUGGCGGGCGCGGCAGCAGCAGCGCGUCCAUCACAGAUACAGUCAUGACCAUGCCCCGCCUGCGCGUUGUGCGCAACGGCACGCGCAUGCGGCCUGUGGAGGUGCUGGUGCCUGAAGGGCUGCGGGCCCGCGAGCAUCGACCAGAGCUGGACCUCAACCGCGCGUUCCCCGUGGACACGCAGAAGUGGUUUGAGCAGCGGCUAGGGCCCGGCUGGCGCACCAUCCUCACGUCCCGCGAAAACCCGCGCGACGCAGCCAAGAUGCGUGAACUGCAGGUGCAGCUGUUCCUGGACAGGUGCACGCGUGCGCUGGGCAUGAGCAUGCCUGCCCGCGCACUGUUUACGGAGCAAGGGGAUGCCGUCACAGACCUUGAGCAGCUGCAGCCGAACCAGGUGCUGCUGGUGACGUGCGGCGAGGCGUGGGUGCCCCCGCCCUCUGUGCUGCAGCGACUGCCAAACCUGGAGGCAGACAUGCGCAACAUGCGUGCAGUUGCGGACAUGUUUGCCAGCCAGGACGCAGUUGUUGUUGUGUUUGACACCGCGGGCGAGACGUGCUUGCUGCGGGAGAAGGGAAACAUUCUGCAGCAGCUGGAAGCCGCACAGCACAGCGGCGACAGUGGCGACAGCAACAAUGACGACCACGACGGCAACAACAGCGAUACGGAGAGCAGCAGCCAUGGCGGUGGUGGUGGCGGUGGUGGUGGUGGUGGAUUGGAAGAUGCGCAUGCAGCGUGGAUGUUGACGCCGGACCGACACUUGGUCCCUGUUGGUGAUAGGUCACACUGCCUGGCACCGCAGGCGCUGAAGGCCGGUGCAGAGCUGCAGCUGGUGCCAGUGGACACGCGCGAUGCCACGCAGAAGUGGGUGAUGGAGGGCGCCUUCCUGCAGUCUGCGAUGGACGCCACGCUCGUACUCACCGUCCCGGAACUCGGCCGUCAGGGCACGUCGCUUGCCCUUGCCACCAAGGCGCCCGAGCCCUUUUAUGCCCACCAGUGCUGGGAGCUGUGCCCUGCUCCUGGCGGCGGCCACCUGCUGCAGGCGUACGCGUGUUCGUCCACGGUAUUUGCAUGCUCAAUCGGUAGGCAGUGCAGCAUGUGUACCUUUGCCAUGACAGAAGGCACGCCCAUCAAGCAAGCAGGCUUUGUUCUUGAAGACGUCGAGGGAACCUGCUGUGCAGUGUGCGCAGCCAUGUCCAAGCACAAGGCCACUGCCCGCCCCGUUGGCGUGUCGACGUUUGCGUGCGCGUUUUGCUCCUCCCAGCGCGAGCUGUGUCAGCGCCUGGGCACAAACGGACCGCGCGCCUCACUCGUGUCCCAGCACAUCAUCCUCGCCGCAAAGACAAACAUGGCCUCUGCCGAACAAGUCGAGGACGCCAUCUCGAGGUGGGACAAGUGUCUGGCGCACUUCCAAGCGCGCGAGGAAACCGCCCGUGGUAUUUCCCACCCAGCUGCACCCUCGGCCCGGCUGGACCCUGGCGUGCAGUUCCGUGCGCGCGUGUUCCGCAACGGGCACGUUGAUCCCGCCAACGCCGUCAUCAUCGUCGCCCCGCGUGCAGACGCACACGCGCAGCUCGGCCUCUUCCUCUCCGAUGCAACAAGUCGCCUGAAUCUGCCGUCUGCUGCGCGCGUGCUGUACACGCGUACGGGCACGGCACUGCAGAGCCUGUCGCCGGAGCAGCACAGCGAGCUGCAGCGCGGUGGGGACGGCGCCAUCCCAGACCUGUGGGUGUCGAUGGGCGAACCGUUUUCCCCACCGGACCAGCACCCGGAGACCAUUGCCCGCAGGAAGAAGGAGCUCAAGCAGGAGCUGGUGCAGCUGAAGACGCUCAUUGCUGAAAAGAAGCAGACGCUCAAGUCGUUGUCGGACAAGCUGCAGGGUGCGCUGUCGUCAACGGAGCGCAGCACUGUGGACGACCGGCGGGACGUCGUGCGGCGCGAGAUUGAGGAGGACAUGGAGGCGUUCAAGGCGAAUCGUGAGGAGCUCAGGGCGCUGAAGUCCAGAGCCGGCAGAGACAGCAAGGGCGGCAGCGGCGGCGGCGGCGGUGGCGGGUCGACAGGCAUGUCCAACGAGCUCAUUGCGCGGCUGAGCAAGCCCGUGUCGAGGCGUGUGCGCGUGCAGGCGCGGAAGAAUGGCUCCAGCAAGUCGGCACCCGUGCUUUGUAUGGGCGACAGCAUGACCGCGCUGUUAACUGCGUGUGCGUCCAACUUGGGGAUGCGACGCGCACGCAAGCUGUACACGAUGCAGGGCGAGCGCAUCAAAUCCUUGGAUGCCAUCACCCGCGAUAUGGAGGUGUUGGUGAGCAGUGGCGAGGCGUUCAUUGACGACAACGCCAAGAAGGACGAGGAGCAAACUCGCGCGUCGUUUGGGCGAGCCAUCCGUGCUGAGCGUAAACGGACCAAGUCAUCGUCCUCCUCCUCCUCCUCUGUCGCCCCAUCGACAUAACCGCGAGCUGUCUGUGGCGUGUUUAUUGACAUGUUCGCGCGUUCACAGUAUGCUCGUAUACAUUACACAAACCCGCGUUCAAACAACAUCAUCAUUAUCUCGUCUUGUGUGCAAUAAUUUAUCAAUGUGGCACACGGC